AUGAUGGAGUACGAACAGCUCUCCGCGCACCAUUCCACUGCUCUAGCAAAAGGUGGAGUGGGCAGUGCGACACGCCAGCAUUGCAUUGCUGAGUCGAAGCCAUGGCUCACGUCAAUGCAGGGAGUGGGCAACUUCGCGUCCCUUACGUUGUCCACUGUGGAGAGCUUCAUUCCUUUCCCCACCCUCCACCACGUCAUUAUUCUCGCCCUCUUUGAGACUGACGCGAGUAGGUGUGUCACCCGACCAUAA